GACUUCUUUCUCACACAAACUAAAAGUUCACGCUGAGCUUUUGGGGUUUUUAUUCUGCAACAUUCCCUGUGUGAAUCCAGAACACUUGCUUCUUCAAAAGUGAUGUUUCCAUUAUAGCUCUCUGAAGCUAAACACUUCCUUUGAAUGUAAGAGGAAAUAUGGAUGCGUGCUGAAAUUUUCUUCUUCGUCUUAAUUUCAAGAACAUCUCUCCAGCAUUAAUGGACACUACAUCACUUUUUCUUGUUUGAAAGUUGCAAUGGAACCAAACGAAUAUUCUGGAUGCUCCGAUGAAAUUCUGGACAGCACACUUGAGUGAAGCGCUGUUAGAGUUGUAUUUGUGAUUGAGUCCCUCUGCUUUGACUUGUUCACUCAAUGAUUUCUCCAAUGGACGUCAUUCUCAACUUGAUAACACCAGAAUCCUCUCCAUCCACUUCCCCAACCAACACCAUUGAGAGGCUGGAGGGCAGUCUCACGCUGGCUGCGUCAUAUGGGGGUGAUGGGUCAUUGGCGGGGGCAGAGGAUGCCAAUCUGGACCCCCAGCGCACACGGCAGGCGAUUGCACAACUGCAGCAGAAAAUUCUGAAACUCACGGAGCAGCUGCGUAUCGAGCAGGCAGCCCGAGAUGAGAAUGUGGCCGAGUACCUCAAACUGGCCAGCAAUGCCAACGACAAACAGCAGAGCACCCGGAUCAAACAGGUCUUUGAAAAAAAGAACCAGAAGUCGGCAGCGAGCAUCGCGCAGCUGCAACGCAAGCUAGAGCACUACCACCGGCGCCUGCGUGAGGUGGAGCACAGUGGUGUACAGAGGCAGCCCAAAGACGUGCUGCGGGACGUGCAGCAGGGCUUGCGAGACGUGGGUACCAGAGUAAUAACUGGCCUCAGUGAAGGAGUGGUCGACAGCGUCAAAGGCGGACUGUCGAGUUUUUCUCACGCCACGCACUCUGCCGCCGGCGCAGUUGCCUCCAAACCUCGUGAGAUUGCCUCGUUGAUUCGCAACAAGUUUGGAAGCACUGACAACAUCAACGCUUUGAAGGAUUCUGUGGAGGACGGGGAAGAAUGUCUAGCCAGUGGAGGGCGCUCUCUGGGGUCGGCUGUCGGUCACCUGCAGUCCAGUCCGAAGUUUGGGAGUGACGAGGAUUGUUCAAGUGCAACUUCUGGAUCGGCAGGAGCCAACAGCGUGACUGGGGCCCCCGGGGGCCCGCCCAGCUUGAGGGGGAACAUGCUGGAGAGGGGCCGCAGCGACAGCUUAGACAUUCUGUUGCAGGAAGUGCAGGACUUGCACGAUGCACAGGCACGGCUAGAAGAGACAGUGGAAAAUCUGAAGAGCAAUUAUCUUAAAGAGUGCACGAUGAUGAUGCAAGCGCUGCAGGAGGAGAGGUUUAGGUGUGAGCGUUUAGAAGAACAACUGAAUGAUCUGACUGAACUCCAUCAGAAUGAGAUCUUGAACCUAAAGCAAGAACUGGCCAGCAUGGAGGAGAAGAUUGCAUAUCAGUCCAACGAGAGGGCCCGUGACUUACAGGAGGCUCUGGAGGCGUGUCAGACGCGCAUCUCUAAGAUGGAGCUUCAGCAGCAGCAGCUCGUGCAGUUGGAGGGUUUGGAGAACGCCACAGCGCGAACGCUACUCGGCAAACUCAUCAACGUGCUGCUGGCGCUUAUGGCCGUCCUGCUCGUCUUUGUGUCAACCAUCGCCAACUGCGUCAUCCCGCUGAUGAAGACGCGAAGCCGCUCCGUCUCCUCGCUGCUCCUCUUCCUCCUCUUCGCUGUCCUCUGGAGGAACUGGGACACUUUCUCAGGACACACCUACCGCAUGCUGCACCCACCGACAUGACCAGCCAAUGGAGCUUCAGCUGCCGUUUGAUUGGACGGGGUAUUAGCCAAUUCCCUCCUAGUUCAAUAGGAUGGCAUGGAACAAAAAAAGUAGUCGAACUGCUGUUUUGAAACAUUUUGCACAUGUUUACAACUUUGAAUGCCUUCAGUGCAUUGAUUUUACUAUGAAGUUUAAUUAGUUAUAUUAAUAUUAUUGGUUUUUCUAAUGUUAUUGUUUUUUUUUAAGGAUGAUUUUAGAUCAAUGUAGCAUUAAAUGAAUUGUUCACACAAAAAUGAACAUUUUGUCAUUAUUUAUUCACCUUCAUGAUGUUCCAAACCUUGGUUUCUUCGAAUCACAAAAGGAGAAUUUUUGAAGAAUCUGUACACAGAUCUUUUCCAUAUGUCAGUCAAGCUCCAAAACCACCAUAAAAGGAUAAAAGUAAUGCUACAUUCCAAGACUUCUGAAGACAUACGAACACUGUGUGAGGAACGAACUGAAAUUUAAGUCGUUAUUCACUGUUAUAUCGCAGGUCUGUUGAAUGCUUGAUUCUGAUUGGUUGGACGUUCUAAGGUGUGCAAUUAUUUUUCUUAACGGUUGCAUAUCACUUCGCCAAAUUAUUUCAGUUAUUUCAAAGAGCUGUACAGGCUACUACAAUAAAAUAACCUGUUAAAACAAAGACAUCAGAUAAGAAUGAUAAAUAAUAUUUAUAAAAUCCUACAUUUAUUGAAUUUCAGAUGAAAAGUGCCCUUGCACUCCCUCUUUUUCGCUCGCACCACACCCACAUUUAACACGCAUUACCUUGUUUCUUCAAUAAGUGCUUAAAAGCAGCGAAAGCUUCUGUUACUAGUUCUAAAGUGACGUUUUCAAACUAGCAAUGAAGACUUGAGCUGUAACAGAGCAAGAUGCUGAAUCCGUGGCAGAAGAAAGUAGUUCACUCAUAAGAGUGUUUUAGGGAUGAAAAUCAGGAAAUGUCUUUAGAUAAAACCCUGAACGAUGUCUUAAAGUGUGGUAACCGUGGGAUAAGUGGAAUAAUUGACUCCAGCCCGUUGAAUUAUUGAAAAAUAAUGCACACCUGAGGUGCAACAGUCACUCCGCGGCGUAUCAUGACUGCAUUACCACCUCGGGUGUGCGUUAUUUUUCUAUAAUUCAAUGGCCUGUCGUCAGUUAUUCCUUGCAUAACCUUCCCCUCCGCUGAUGCUCGCAAAUAUCAUUCACGUUCAGACUUUCAUGUCAUUGCUUUUUGCAUGUGUCUGAACUAGGGCUGUCAACUGAUUUAAAAUGAUUUAAAUAAUGACAUGAUGUGCUGAUUAAUAAUUGCAAUUAAUUAUAUAUAUCACAAUUUACUAAAAGUCCACAAAUAAAGAUGAAAAUAUAAUUAAGAUAUUUCAAAUACAGGACUUUAAACGUCAACCCUCCACUCUUUUAAUUGCUGGUCAAUGUACUCGUGUGUCAGAUGAGCGCCUGACCGUUUUCAUCGUCUCUAUUUAUAAUCGCUGUGUCAAGUUAAACAUAGUUUGAAAAGUUGAAAACACAUCUGGAGGCUCCUGCAUUCUGUUGUUAUCGCUCCAGCUGUCUUUGAGUGAAAGAGCGGGUCAUCUGUUGAAGUCUGUGGUUUGAAGAGUCGUGUUGUGUUGACUGAUUCACAUAAACAUCAAGGCGGUACAUCAAACUUCAGUUUACCUACGAGUUACAUUAUUUUUCAGAUAGGUAAUCUCACUAAAUGUAUGCAUUAAAAUGCCAGCCCUAGUCAUAACUGAUAACCGAUGCACCAGAUUGAAUAUGUGGGAUGGAGAAUGAGAUUUGAGAAACAACGAUAAAUUUGGGUCGGUUCCUCCCACAGAGUAUAUAAUGACAUAAAUGUAAUUUUUGGGUGAAACGUUUCUUUAGACUGUGCAGGACCUGUUCAGUGGUCUCAUUGAAAUGAUUCUGAAUGUCAAUGUUUCCUCCCUGUUAUGUACGAUUUGAGCUAAGAUUGGCCUUUAACGGGGUGUACGCACUUUCAGCAGUGUUAUCCCACUCAGUCCUCACUGUAUUCACGGCAGUGGAGUGUGAAGGAAGAGCUUCUCUAUGGGAAGACACAUGCUUCCUUGAUAUAAUGGACUGAUGGACAUACCAGUGGAGAUCUAACUUCUGGGAACUUUCUGCUUCCUGUAGUGUUUUUGUUAUUUUAAAGUCUUUGUAGCAGCACUGUUUUAAAUGAAGUAUUAAUUUCUAGAAUAUUGUGUCUCCUUAUUGGAGGAGCCUGUUUACCUUGUGACAUCAGAGACAUGCAAUAAUGACAGUAGCUAUUAAUGCUUUUGAUAUAAUGUCAAAAACAAUAGUAUAAUCCAUCCAUCGUCAACCGCUUAUCCUGUGUACAGGGUCGCGGGGGGCUGGAGCCUAUCCCAGCUCAAUAGUAUAAUAUGAGUGAAAAAUACUUUUGAUGAUAUUAUGUAUUCAUUUAAAUGCUAUGUCUAAUUUAGCAAUGUAUUGAUAAUGUUACCUUUAAUUGGGACUGUUGUCAUUAAUGAUCAGAUGUUUUCGCAUGUGUAUGUAUGAUAUAAGCUCUUUGUAUUCUACACAACUUGACCAAAUCUACUAAUACAUGAUGAUGAUGACGACUCAUAAUAGGUUUUGACUAACAAAUUCUGCCAUAAAUUGGUAGCACUGUUGUCAAACCAGUAACAUGUAUGUACAAUAACCUUAAUAAUUCAGUAAUGUAAUAAUAGAAUUAAUAGAAAUGUGUUGUUUAUUUCUGAGACAUCAGGCCCCACAGACCCUCCCUGUUUUACCCCGCCUCUGUGUGUGUGUGUGGGUGACCAUAUUCUGGAUUUCCAAAAAGAGGACACCUUUUUUUCGAGGGAGGGGGCAUUGGGGUGGAAUAAUAGGGUUCAAAACAGUGUUACAAUUAAUGCAAUCUUUAAUACAGUGAAAAAGACACUCUAUUAGCACAACAUAAAAACAUUCUUUCGAAUGUCCAUGUACUAAAAUAAAAUAUUUGAUGAGUGUACCUUCAUUUACUAAUUCUAUUAUUUUGAAUGGUUAUGGAAAAUAAUGUGAUGACAAUUUUACCAGGUCUUAAAAAGUAGUCGUCAAGUGAUGAACUUUCACCUUUUGCUGACCUUUUUAUGCUGCAGAGCUAAUAGUGCUUCUAAAUCACGUGCACAUUUAUUAAAACUGACACAUAUGUGCCAGCUUUACAUGUCAUACAUUCUGCUUCCCACGGAUCUCGACCUGGACAAAAGCAUGGGAAUUUUUUGUUCAAAUCUGUACAUUUGCAUUUUCGUUAAGGCAUUGUUCCACUAAGCUGUUAUUUUCUGCUACUGUCAAGCAACUGUUUGAAGCCGAACACAACAGCGGAGAGAUUGACAGGCAGGAAUUUGGCCAAUAGUUGCUACAAGUCUCUUCUAAUUGACCAAUUCGUGUGCGAGAAGGCGGGACUUACAAAGAGGCGUUAAAGUAAUGCAAAUAUGCGCACGCGCACACAAUGAAGUAUUAGACCAGAUGCACAUCGUAAUGCAACUAAAGCCGAAUCCCGGACAUUUUCGCAAAUGUAUAACUACCGGCAGGAUUUUUAAGCUAAAAAAAAGAGGGCAUAUGGUCACCCUAGUGUGUGUGUGUGUGUGUGUGUGUGUGUGUGUGCGUGCAAGUUUUAAACCACUGUAGUGCUUUACAACAUAAUUUACUUUGACAACUUCAUCUUUAAAAAUUCGUAAUAAAGAUAAUGUUUGAUUAGAGUUUGAGAGACUUUCGACUUUCGUGUGUACGAAUUCAACCAUCACGCUACUUACGUAAACUUCAUACACAUUAUUUAUGAGGGGAAAAACAUUGUAACCCUCGUGUUUUGUGUAGGAUCUUAAAGACCCUAAGACCAUUUUAAGAGCUCAAAAGCAAAUUUAAUAUUUAAGUAUCAGAUUGAUAGUUUUUUUUUAAAAGACUUUUCUUAGUCUUAUGAGAAAAGAAUAUGUUAAAACAUGUUAACACGCUUCUAAC